CGUAUUAUCGUUGAAUGCUACGAACACAAAUUAUAUGUAAAUUAAAGUUCGAAAACUACUUUCUUUUAGUUAUAUAAUUUCGAAAAGUGUCAAUGUGUUCUUCACCUGUACAUGUCCCUGUUGUUACGGGUCAGUACAGAACUCUUAUUUACAGCCUCGGUUCGGUCGCUAGGGGCAACAGCGCUCAACGGCGCCGCGAGACCUCGGAAAUGGACGUGUGUUCCCGACGUGGAGUCCAGGAUCGUUAAUCAUUCGGAAAGAUAGCAAGUUUCAGUGUUUACUUUUGUGAUAUCAUCGUAUGUGAUUAUAAACCAGGGCACUUCUGUUCUAUUUAUAUGCUAAAUAGGUGCUAAUUUAAAUGAGGAAUUAGCCGGCAGUUUUCAAAGGCCGCAAAGCCUCGGACUUUCCUAGCGCGGACAGCGGGAGUCUGGUGGUAUCCUGGGCCGAUUACGCACUGCAGACCAUCGGAGAACGCGACAGGUGAAGUGGAAGAAUGGCAGCAGAGAACUGUUUCAGCAGCGCUCCGAUAAACACUGACAGCGAGAAGCUUGUGAGACCCAAAAUGCAGCUGCAGACCUUGCUGCAGCAUGCUGGAGCGAACAAGGACGUUUUGACCAUGAAGGAGGUCAUAUUUUACUUGGGGCAGUACAUCAUGGACAAGCAACUGUAUGACAAAAAGCAGCAACACAUUGUUCACUGUGCUGAUGAUGCACUAGGGUCCGUGCUUGGAGUGGACAGCUUCUCAGUGAAAGAGCCUCGGGUCUUGUUUGCAAUGAUCUCAAAAAAUCUUGUUGCAGUCAAAAAUGAAGAUUACCAGUCUGGAUUUUCUGAAACAAGGAGUCAAAAUGAACCAGACAGAGGGCCUGAGCAACUGGACUCGGAGUCCUGCUCGCCUACACUUGGACAAAGGCGGCGACGAAGCAGUGAUGCUGGAAGUUCCACUGAUGAGGAAGAAUGCAGCCGAAGGAAGAGGCACAAAUCAGACAGCUUGUCCCUCACAUUUGACGACAGUCUAUCCUGGUGUGUCAUUGGUGGUCUGCAUAGAGAACGUACAAGCAGCGCAUCCUCAGGCUCCCAGAGCAACGCUUUUAUUGAAGUAGGUAUGUCUGGUAGUGAGGACUGCAGUGAAGGUGACAGCCACGAUUCUGAUUCUGACAACUUCAGUGUGGAAUUUGAAGUGGAGUCAAUCAACUCGGAUGCCUACAGUGAGAACGACGAGGCAUCAGACGAGUCAGGCCAAGAGGAGGUUUAUGAGGUAACCAUCUUUGGGGCAGAGAAUGAAGAUUCUUUUGAUGAGGACACAGAGAUUUCAGAAGCAGACUACUGGAAGUGCCCCAAAUGUGAGGAGCUGAACCCCCCUCUGCCACACCGCUGCAAUCGCUGCUGGACACAACGGGAGGACUGGUUCCCCGAGCCAGAGGGUGCCAGCAACCCAAAACCCUUGCCUUCUAAACCUCCUGCAGUUGAUGCAGAAGAGGGACUAGAUGUCCCCGAUGGAAAGCUAGCCAGGCCACUCGUGAAGGGGGAGAGCGAUCCAAAGCCACAAGAAGCAUGCUCUCAACCUUCCACCUCUAGUAGUGUCGUGAGCGGGGCCGCCAGUAGUCAGGAGGAGGCCCCUGAGCUCGAGCGUUUCAACAGCCUGGAGGCAUGCCUACCAUCUAGCUGCCUGGAGCCCUGUGUCAUCUGUCAGAGCCGGCCCAAGAAUGGCUGCAUAGUCCAUGGUCGCACUGGCCACCUUAUGGCCUGCUAUACAUGUGCCAAGAAGCUGAAAAACCGUAACAAGCUGUGUCCUGUGUGUCGAGAGCCCAUUCAGUCCGUGGUGCUCACGUACCUUAGCUGAGGGUAACCCCACCCAAUAAAUCAUUUCUAAUUUAAUAAAUCUACCUAAUUGUUUCCUAUGAAGGGUUUAUAUUUAUUAUUUCUGCUUGUGUGCAGAAACAAGUGUACAGACCUUUUUUGAAAUUGAAGUUAUUCUCCCGUAUGCUGGAUUAAGGCAGAUGUCAUCAAAGGCACAGUUUUAGCAUUUUGUGGUUGUAUUCCUCUUGUUCUUGUAUUCUGGCACAGCCCAAGUUUCAGGCAAGUACUGGAAUUGUUUAAGUCUCGCACUAUAUAGGUAGUUUGAGUGAUGAUUUUUUUUUUUUUGUUUUUUUUUAAAAAGCAUUUUCUUCCAAGAAA